AUGCCGUCUCCACCAGAUAAAAACCCGGAUUCAAACCUGGACCAGAAGAAAACGCCGGCUGUAAAAAAGAACCGGCGUUCGAGCUGGUCCGGCCCAUGGUUGUCCUCAAAUGAGGCCUUGAAGAAUGUAGUCCUCAAAAUGCGCCUCCAGUCUCUUUCCAACUCCUCCUCCACCACCCCUCCCUCCGAGUCUGAACCCGAGUCCGACCCGUUUAAUUCUCGCCCGAUUAGUCGUGGGAACGCCGCACCUGAUUACGCAUCUUUGCUUUCCGACAAGUUAUUAUUGAAAAUCCUCUCGAAAAUUUCUGACAAGAAACAGCAUAUUUCGAAUUCAUUGGUGUGCAAGAGGUGGUGUAUGCUAAGUGGAAAAUUGAUUAAUUCUAUUAAGUUGUUGGACUGGGAGUUUUUGGAAUCCGGAAGGCUUAGUUUUCGGUUUCCGAAUUUAAUUGAUGUUAAUAUUGUCCCCUCUUGUAUUAAAUCAGAACGGAAUUCUGGGAUUUUGUUGAGUAACAAAUCAUGUUCCCUUUUUUUGGAUUCGGGCGUUGGCGAAAAUGAGGGGUUUCUGGUUAAGAAAGGGGACGUUUUGGGCUCAGAUGUAGUUGAUAGAGGGGUGAGGAUAUUGGCGGAGGGGUGUGGAAAUUUGAGAAAGGUGGUUUUGAUGAAUGUGAGUGAGGAGGGGUUGAGUAUUUUAGCUGAUGAAUGCGAGUUGUUGCAGGAAAUGGAAUUGCUCUGUUGUGGAGAUUCAUCUUUAAAGGGAAUUUUCAAGUGCCAGAAUUUACAGAUGCUGAAAUUGGUUGCACAUCUUGAUGGGAUAUAUGAUUCUGUGGUGUCAGAUAUAGGGAUGACAAUUUUGGCACAGGGGUGUAGGCGGUUAUUGAGGCUCGAGCUAGUUGGAUGCGAAGGGAGUUAUGACGGGAUUAAAGCAAUAGGUCACUGUUGCCAGAUGUUAGAGGAGUUAGUGCUUUCCGACCAUAGGAUGGAUGGUGGAUGGUUAUCGGCUUUGUCAUAUUGCGGGAACCUGAAGACUUUGAGGAUUCAGUCUUGCAAGAGUAUUGAUUCAAAUCCGGGGCCAGAUGAGCAUUUGGGUUAUUGUCCAACUCUGGAAGAGUUGCAUGUGCAACAGUGUCAGAUGCGUGAAAAACUGGGUGUAAGAGCGUUGUUUCUGGUGUGUCAGACUGUUAGGGAGAUAGUUUUUGAGGAUUGUUGGGGAUUGGACAACAGUAUAUUUAAUGCUGCGAGUAUUUGCAGGAGUGUAAGAUAUCUCUCGCUGGAAGGAUGCUCAUUACUGACGAUGGAAGGAUUAGAAUCAGUAAUUCUUUUUUGGAGAAAGCUUGAUAGGCUUAGAGUAGUUGCAUGUAACAAUAUAAAGGACGGUGAAAUAACACCAGAAUUAGCGACUUUAUUCUCUGUUCUCAAAGAGUUGAAAUGGCGGCCAGAUUCCAGGUCUCUAGUGGAAGCAGGGCUUGCAGGGACAGGAGUGGGACAAAAAGAUGAAGCCCGUUUGAAGACCUGUCCAGGCCGGUGUUCCUAUUUCCAUUCAAAUUACUUGUGA